AUGAUGAAUGAUUCCGUUCGAAAGAAAGAACCGGUCAAUAUUCUCUUCUGUGGUCAUGUCGAUGCUGGUAAAUCGACAAUCGGUGGACACUUACUCUAUCUCACUGGUCAAAUCGAUAGACGCACUUUGGAGAAAUGUAAGAAUGGAGCACGUGACUCAUGGUGUCCAUCACAUGCGUUGGAUACGAAUGAAGAAGAACGCGAGAGAGGUAUAACCAUUGAAGUUGGACGAGCUUGGUUUGAAACACAAACAAAACAUUUCACCAUUUUGGAUGCACCUGGCCACCGUUGUUUCGUGCCGAAUAUGAUCGGUGGAGCAUCACAAGCAGACAUUGCCAUUUUAGUGAUAUCGGCUCGAAAAGGUGAAUUCGAAACAGGAUUUGAACGUGGCGGUCAAACACGUGAACAUACAAUGCUUGUGAAAACAGUUGGUGUUCGUAAUUUGAUUGUUCUUGUCAAUAAAAUGGAUGAUCAGACUGUUAAUUGGGAUGAAGCACGAUAUCGAGAAAUCGAAGGAAAAUUAUCACUCUAUCUCAAAAUGUGUGGUUUCAAGUCCGAAAAAGAUACUAUUUUUAUACCAUGCAGUGGAAGGACUGGAGCGAUGCUUAUUGAACAUCCUGGACCAAAAGUUGUGUCUUGGUAUACUGGACCAACUUUUAUUGAAUAUUUGGAUGGAAUUUCAUCGUUCGAUCGAAAUAUUGAUGGUUGUCUUCGAAUGCCUAUCGUUCAACGAUACAAAGAUAUGGGUGUGAUUGUUCUGGGUAAGAUCGAAUCCGGCCAAGUUCGGAUCGGUGAUCGUUGUCUGAUUAUGCCCAAUCGAACACGUGUCGAAGUAACAAAUAUUUAUUAUGAAGAUAUUGAAACAGAUUCGAGUGUAUGUGGUGAAAAUGUUCGAUUGAAAUUGAAAAAUGUCGAAGAAGAAGAAAUUUCACCUGGUUUUGUUCUAUGCGAUAUGAUUCACGAGCCUUGUCACGUGGGCAGAGUAUUCGAUGCUCAAGUUGCAAUCAUUGACUACAAUUCAAUUAUAACCGUAGGUUAUUCAGCUAUACUUCAUCUUUACACUACUGUGGUCAAAGUUGAAUUGAAAAAAUUAAUCUCAUUAAUUGAUCGUAAAACUGGCAACGAGACAAAACUAUCCAUGCCUUUUAUCAAACAAGAUCAGACAGCUAUUGUUCGUUUCGAAUUAUCAGAACCGAAUGCUACAAUUUGCAUUGAAACUUAUAAAGAUUUUUCUAAACUCGGUCGAUUUAUCUUACGCGAAGAUGAUCAUACUGUUGCUGUUGGGCAAGUUCUCAAAAUUAAUCCGUAA